AUGUUCAACCACAACGCUCUGAACUCUGCAAGAACUCAUCAUCCUCAUGGCCUAUCCUUCACCUCAAUCUUCCACAGGUGCAAAUCAAUGAAAGAAUUUAAGCAAACCCAUACUCAACUUAUUGUCAGAGGCUUGCCCCACCCACCCCCAUCUCUCCGACCCACCAUCUCUUUCUCAUCUCUUGACCCUUUCGGCGACAUUGACUAUGCCCUCCUCCUCCUUCUCCAACCCUCGACUCCUCCCUUGCUUUUCCUCUUCAACACCGUGAUCAGAGGCCUUGCACGGUCCUGCCAUCGAUCCAAAUCAGUUUCGAGCUCAUUGCUUGUGUUUGAGCGCAUGGGUGAGCUCAACCUUUCUCCUAAUAGCUUUACUUUCACUUUCCUGUUUCAAGUUUGCUCGAAUUUUGUAUAUUUUGAUUUGGGUAGGUUGAUGCAUUGUGUUGUGAUUAAGAACUCGUUUGUGAAUGAUGUGUUUGUUCGCAAUUCAAUGAUUCGAUUUUACUCUGUUAGCAGUGAAUUGGGUGAUGCACGAGGGGUGUUUGAUGAAAGUCCUGUUAGAGAUGUCGUGUCUUGGAAUUCCAUGAUAAAUGGGUAUCUUGGGCAUGGCGAUGUAUCUGAGGCUCUCGAGUUGUUUGGGAAAAUGCCCAACAGAAAUGAUGUCUCGUGGAAUAGCCUUCUUGGGGGUUUUGUGAAGUUUGGUUGUGUGGGCGAUGCUUAUCGGCUUUUUGUUGCAAUGCCGCAAAGGAAUUUGGUUUCCUGGGUUCUGAUGAUUUCUGGCUAUGCUCAGAAUGGACAGCCAAAGGAAGCCUUGGAAUUGUUUCGAGAGAUGCAGUUGAUGGAUCAGGAGUGGACGCCAAACUCCGCAAUUUUAGUGAGCGUUCUUUCUGCCUGCUCCCAGUUAGGAGCUUUGGAUCAUGGGAAUUGGGUUCACACUCACAUUAAAAAAAAACAUGUAAAUAUGGAUUCCAUACUUUCUGCCGCUCUGAUUGACAUGUAUGCAAAAUGUGGCAGCAUCGAUUUUGCAAUGCAAGUGUUUAGUUCAUCUGGGAAGAAGGAUGUUUCUGUGUAUACUGCUGCAAUUUCUGGGUUAGCAACAAAUGGGCGCAGCAGGGAAGCACUACAACUUUUUGAGAAAAUGAAAGUUCAGGGCAUCUCACCGGAUGGUAUUUCUUACAUUGCAGUUUUAUGUGCAUGUAGUCAGAUGGGUUGCAUUGAGGAGGGUUUUAAAUACUUUGCUUCUAUGUCCAGCAUUGAUGGAAUUAGACCAGAGUUGGAUCACUAUGCUUGUAUGGUUGAUCUUCUUGGUCGUGCUGGUAUGUUGGAGGAGGCAGAAAACUUUGUCGCCUCAAUGCCAAUUAUGCCAGAUGCUGUGAUUUGGGGGGCCCUCCUCGGUGCAUGCAGGGUUCAUGGAAAUACUGAAAUGGGUCAAAGAAUAGGUAAUAUACUGAUUGCAUCUGACCAAAAUAAUGAUGGCCGGUAUAUUCUCCUUUCAAACAUCUAUGCUGAAUCCAUGAAGGGAAAAGAUGCGGAAGAAGUCAGGAAGGCUAUGAGAAGCAGAAAACUGAAACGGAUCCCUGGUUGUAGUCUGAUUGAAGUGGAUGGCAUCUUUCAUGAAUUUUUUGCAGGGGACAGAUUGCAUGAAAAAAAAGAGGAGAUAUAUCUGAAGUGGGAGGCAAUCGUUAAACAGAUAAAGAAUUUUGGGUACAAGGAAGAGACAAGAGGGGUUGUGUUUGACGUAGAAGAGGAAGAGAAGGAGACUAUAAUUGGGUAUCACAGUGAGAAACUGGCGGUGGCAUUUGGGAUACUUUGCACAAAGCCAGGUUCAAUGUUGCGGAUUGUGAAGAAUAUUCGUAUCUGCAAUGAUUGCCAUUCUGCAAUUAAACUUGUUUCAAAGGUGUUUAAAAGGAAAAUUUCUGUAAGAGAUAGGAAACUGUUUCAUCAUUUUGAAAAUGGAUCUUGUUCCUGCAAGGACUACUGGUGA